AAAAUAUUGGAAAAACCAGUCUAGUAAGGGAAGUCAAAUUGGCCAUACCAAUUUUUCAUUGUUAUGGGCAUAAAGCAAGCUGUCAGAUCAAAUAUUCUCCAAGGCGAGUAGAAGGUGUUGGGCUAACAGAUGGAGAGGGAACAGAACGACUUUGGUCAUUUCUCCGUGACUAUGCAAGGAUCACUAAAGAGAUGGCACCUGAUAAAAGAGUGGAUGUUUUGACAGAUGGUUUGCUGCAUUAURCUGAAAGGCUGCGCCAUAGAUUUGGUCCAGUCCUUAAGAUGAAACUUAAAAGAACACAAAAGUUGCUCAUCCAGACAAGUAGUGAUCUUGAUGAGUUAUGCAAAUCUAUGGCUGUUACUUGUACAGAUGAAUUGAUUGAUGGGUGGCUUUGUGAAGAGCUWUUGUCCUUCCAACCAAAGGAAAAAGAACUCACUUGGGAUGAGGAAUAUGUAAGGAAUAUCAGGGACAUCACUAAAAUGAGACACAUUAUUGAUUUGAGUAAUGCAACUUCAAGCAAAGAGGAUACAUCGUUGGUCCAAAAAAAUCUUGAAAGAUUGGUAAAGAGUACUAAGGCAAUUGAAACUAGGCAUGGCAUAACUAAGAGUUGGGAUAUGAAAAGUACUGCUGCACAAGGUGCCCUUCACAGUCUUGUAGCCAAAUCAAGAGACAACAUCCUGUUCCAGCUCCAUCGUUUGGCAUCUGAACGGGUGUUCCUCUUAGAAAUGAAGAAGAAAUAUGCAGAUGGCCAGUCAAUAGCUGUUAAAUUAUCUCGUGAGAUAAGUAAGGUGGUUAUCAGCAUGAACUCCUUGUUGGAGCAGUUGAACAACAAAGACAACAGGACUUCCAUGGAUAAAGAAAUGAUCUUUGAUGACAUUAAAGAUCCCAAAUCAGUCAUCUAUGCCUGUGUUGAYUGUGGCGAAACAUCUUGCACAACAACAGUUCCUACUUCCACCAAGUCUAAGUUGAUACAUUUUCAUUGUAUCAAGAAACGGUGCAAAGAAGAAUUGAAUUUAUUAAAUGAUGAACUCAAUCGAUUUGUUGCUUUCCUAGAAAGCGAAUUACACAAAAUAGAUGUGAGAGCAUCAAGUGAAGGAUUAGGACAUGGACUGCAAAGUAUGUUACUCAACAAGAGAGUAACAUUGAUUCAAGAGCUGGCAGGCCUACAACAUCUGUGGUCGAAUCAAUUCUCUUUCUCAUCCAACUAUAUAGAUAUUCUACACAAUACAUUAAAUGAUUCGCAAGAAGMAGUUCUAACUUUAUUGGAAGAAGAUGUGACAAGUCUUGAUCGGUGUGAUGAUGUAGAUGAUGAUUUAGAGGCUGAUAGUGAUUAGCAUGUUUUUUAAUAUUKUAUUUAGUGUAGAUAAGCUUACAUAUUUAAUAUGCAACCAACAAGAAUGAGAAUUUCAAUGAGCUGAUAAAUGGAAAUCAUAUAAAAAGUACAUGCAAAAUAUCUGUAAAAGAAUGGAAUAUCUCUGAAAUCUGAAAUCUGUAAUGUCUGAAACCCAAAGACAUCGAAAACUUAUUUAGAUUCRCAGGGCUCAAGUCGUGUAAUUUCUUGUUAGUUUAUUAAUAUAUAAAUCAGAUAUAAUGAUAUACKUACAAGUUUUUGGGCGUAGAAGAUUAUAUAAGAUUGAUAUGAUUUGUUUAUCACCGAUACGUACAGAGUGGUUUCAAUUAAUCCAUUGAAACAAAGUCUAAUAGUCAGUGUGUAAUAGUCAGAUAUAGACAAAAGAAAACAAAAGGAUUCAAUAGUGUCUAUUUAUCUACUAACUAUUACACGGAUUAAUUGAAACCACUCGACUAAUGCCAAAUAAUUUAUUUAAAGAUAUUAAAUMUUUGUGUUGAUUCUAGAGAAAAUAAAUGACUUUGACGCCAUGUCUGC